AUCCUGCCGCCUUGCAGAGACAAGAGGGGAGAGCCCUCUCUUUCACUGGCUUCUCAUCAAAGCGUCUUUAUGUACGGUAUUGUUGUACUCCACGCUGCGCUUUCUUAGUUUCCCUUCUCUCCUCAAAUUCAAUUCAGUUAGGUUUCUGUUUUGCUUGCUAUGAGCUCUCUCAACUUGGUUGCUGAGAAAGUAGGGAAAAAUAAAAUCUAAGGAAGCCUGCUCUGUAAUGAAUUGCUUAUCACGUGUUUCUUCCUAUACUGCGGCUAUAUUUGGAAGGGCGGCAAGCCAUUUCAUUUGGCAGAAUACAUCGCAUCCAUGUUCCAUUCCCUUGUGGAAAAGAAGAUUUGAUCAAGCGGAUCACAAAACAGUCAAUUUUGAAUUUUUGUUGCCCAGAUUUCAGGUCCAGUGCUACUCGUCACGAAAAGCUAGUGCAAAAACUCCGCGAAAGAGUAAAUUGGAUCCUGCUCCAACAAUUAUGGAGCAAGAGAAUGAUGCUUUCUUUGUUGUGCGGAAAGGCGAUAUUGUUGGUGUCUAUAAGAGUUUCACUGAGUGUCAAGCUCAAGCUGGAUCUUCAAUAUGCGACCCUCCUGUCAGUGUUUACAAGGGGUAUGCGUUACCUAAGGACACCGAGGGGUAUCUCAAGUCACAUGGGCUGCAGAAUGCUUUGUACACAAUCAGAGCUGCAGACUUGAAAGAGGACCUUUUUGGCACACUUGUUCCCUGUCCGUUUCAGCAACCAGCUUCCUCCAAAGGCGAAACACACUUGCUGGAUGCCUCAAAAAAGAGAUCACAAGAAUUACUGGAUGUGGGAACAGACAGAUCAGCGUCUGGUUUAACUGAUCCCUUGAGAAAGCAUGCCAGGUUGGACAGUCAAAGCAAGGCUCAGGCACUGUCUUCUGAUCGUCACUCCUGUGUUCUUGAGUUUGAUGGUGCUUCAAAAGGAAAUCCUGGACCAGCUGGGGCUGGAGCUUUGUUACGGACUACUGAUGGAAGUUUGAUCUGCAGAUUGCGAGAAGGAUUGGGCACAACAACAAAUAACGUAGCCGAAUAUAGAGCCAUGAUUUUAGGGUUGAAAUAUGCUCUUAAAAGGGGUUAUACGAAAAUUCAAGUCCAAGGUGACUCUAAACUUGUCUGUUCUCAGGUUCAGGGUUUAUGGAAGGUCAAACACCCUAACCUGGCUGACCUGUACAAGGAGGCAAAAGAGCUGAAGGGCAAGUUUGUUUCUUUUCAGAUCAACCAUGUACUGAGAGAAUUUAACUCUCAGGCCGAUGCUCAAGCAAACUUGGCCAUCAACCUUGCUGAUGGCCAAGUUCAAGAGGAAUAUGAAUAGCAAUUCAUAAUGGAGACUGCAUGGUGUUUUUGGGGGAAUAGUUGACCCAAGUGAUUUUAUUCUUUCAGAGUUGAACCUGGCAGCAGGCUUAGUAACAAGGAGUGCAGCUAAACCUGGCACCAUUUUCCAUUCUGUCUAAUUGUGCUUGUGCUUGAGAUAUCAACUUCAGUCAUGCUGUAAAGCAGCACAAAGAUGUCAAAUUCACAAGUGCUGAUUUCAUAUCUUUGAAAUAGGCAUAGAUCUAUGAAUCUCACUCUCACAGUUUAUUAUUUAUUCUUUCCCAAAUAUUACAGCUGGGCAUUGAGACUUGGGAUUAUGUAUAGACAAGUAUAUAAAAUUGUUAGUGAUUGCUAUUAGCUGAUAACAUAGAUGGUUUAUGCCUUUUUUCAAUUUAUUCUUGCAGCAUACGUUAAGGACAUGAUUCAUGUUGUUUUUUAAGGAAUGGUCCUUUCUUUUA